AUAGGGCGGCCCAAAAUCUUCCCUAUCAUUCUAUGUUUUCUCAGUCUCUGGAGUCUCUUCAGGGCUAUGAUAGAGAACUGAAAGGAAUAUAAAGAUAUUGAUAAAGAGGGAUUAAAAGCGAUUUGUAGAGAAUGAGACACUGGCUUUUAUUUAGCCCAUAGCAGUUCUGAAUGACUUCCUUGAUCAGAAGGUUGCUCUCAAUGUAGCAAUGCUUCAAGCUGCACCCAGUGUUAUCCUGAAUUAUCUCUCCAUCGUGGCUCUUGUAAAUGAGGACAAUAUGGGCAUGUAUUCUUAAAUAACCAGUGCGUGAAAUGUAGCCCUGAGUGACGAGAAUGAGAAGGAUCCAUUACCAAUUGCACUUCUUGCUCAAGCACCUCGUUAAUCCUAUUCCAAAAUACUGGAGCUUCUGGAAAAGAGUCAACUUGUAAUUGUAUCGAAGGAAAAUUUUUCAAUGUAAAUACAAGAACUUGCGAAAGCUGCCCACAGAAUUGAAAGCACUGAUCCGACAAUCAGACAUGAACAGAGUGCUUAAAUGAUGAAUUGAAGAUUACCAGCGACCUGAACGGAUGAGUUUGCACAAAAAUUUCAAAUUAUUUUGAUCAAACUACUAAGAAAUGCAAGCCAUGAGGGAAACACUGCCAUAUUUGAGAUGGUCCAAAGAGCUGACAAGAAUGUAUAAACCCAUCACAACUCCAGAACAUAAAAGGCGAGUGAAAGUGAUUUGAGAGUGGACAUUAUUACAAUAGAAACUCUGGAAGGUGCUUCCCAUGAGAUCCAAAAUGCAAAACUUGUGAAGAAUAUCCUGAUUACUGAAUUCUCUGAAAUAAGAAAUCUGGAUUCCAUAAUGAGGCAAUCAAUGGAAAAUGUGAGUGAGAAGGAGGCAAAACCUUUAAUGAUAAGGGCCAAUGAGUCUGUAGCCCUGGGUUCUUUGAAGUAGACAACUACGAAUGCAGAGAACUGUGCAUAAAGAUUACCAUAAAUGAUCUCUUUAGAGACAAAAAUUUGAUUUUAAAUAAGAAAAGCACUUUAAUGCGUGACAAAGAGCUUGUAAGGAAUCAAAAGAUUGAUGUGUUCAUUGAUGAAAAUAACUGCAAUCAGAAGAUACUGUACCAUAAUCACCCAAGAUUUAUCGAGUAUACCUUCUUAAACGGAACUAGCAAGGAAGAUCUUGGCUUUGGGAAGGUUGGUGAGAUCGAUGAUAUUUUCAUUCCUCUUGACACAGACAAUUUGAAAAACCUGCCGAUUGAUGAAAAAAUAAUUUUGAGAAUUAAGAUGAGAAUUUCUUUCAAGGAAACGAUUGGAAAUUUUGUGAGCCCUGUGUAUCAAACAGAGCUUAGUGAUGAAAUAGAGUUCAUAAUAUCUCCUUCUCCAAUAAAUAUAAUACUGAAGGGAGCUAACACAGUUUAUGGCAAGAAUGACCAUAUAGCUAUUGAUGCAAGUGAUACUUAUGACCCAGACUUAGAAGGACUCCACUACUACCUCCCUUUCAUGUUCUCCUGGAAAUGCCCAGAAGAGAUACCAAGAAGUGACUGUAGGAACAGAGCCCUUUCAGGAUCACAUCCGUAUUAUAUGAGCUUAUCCUCAUCCUCACUGCUUAGUUGGGGUCUUUCAUUUGGAAAAUAUUAUCCCUUCACAGCUGUUGCUUCUGGAAAAUCAAAGAAAAUGAGCAAGGACUUUUGGGUAAAGAUGCUUGACUUUGAAGGUAUCCCAAGGAUAGAAAUUAUCGAGCAGUCUAGAGGAACUGAGAAUAUCUUCCUAAGUCUUUCAGUCAAUUAUGCCUUCGACAGCAAGAUCCUGUUUGAAAAUAUCAUCUGGACUCUGUUGACUAAGAACGGAAGCAGAAUUGAAAUCCCACUUCAGAGUUCACAGGAGAUCUCCCUAUCCAAGACGAAUCUUGGGAGCCUCAAAGUUGAUAGGGUUUAUGUAAACUUGAAAUCGUAUGAAAAGGAUACCAAAAAGUUCCUUUUUGGUGAAAACGAGCAGAUACAAGCCUUUUGGGAUGUAGACUUCAAGCCUCCAGAUAUAAAAGGUGUCUUAGAGCCCUCAUUGAAGGUCACCGUUAUUGAGCAAAGGCUGCUUUAUACAGUGAUGAAUAUUGAAAUUCAGAAUUGUGAGAGUGUGAUCGAUGACCAAACUGCUCUUGUGUAUAAUAUCUACACUGAGGAUGGCUUAGUUCUCAAAGAAAUGUCUUAUUCAAGAAUAUUGAAGAAAACUGUGCUUAAGCAUGACUCGAAACAAAUUCACUCAGAGAUCUGCAAACUCCAGACCAAUGAUUGUUUGAGAAUAUCCCAAAAUAUUUCUGAAGAAUUAACAGAUCCUGACACUGAGAAAGGAAUACAGGAAAUCAUUAAGUACUUGCUCAACGGAGAUAUUUAUUUCCAAGGAGAUGCUAAUACUAAAAUUAAUGCUCUAAGAUUGGCAAUCAAAACUUUUGUAGCAAAUCCAGAGUUGAUCUAUAAACAUUUGCCUCUAUUUUUCUGUACCAAAAUAGAUUUCUGUUUGCUUAAAGAAGUAGCAGUUCAAUAUGAAGACAAAAAUAUUGCAGUGAAAAGUCUGAACAAACUAUUAAAGGAUCUUAGUUUCUUACUAAGACACUUGCUUUCGGAAGAUUUCAUCAACUCCCAUCAGAAGCAGUUUGUAGAAGACAAACAUUUGGAAAAUAUAUUACAUUACAUCCAAGUCAUUUAUACCUCACCAGUUAUCGGACUGAUUAUGGAAGAUAUUGAUAUUUCUUAUCUUGAAGUGUCUGAGUCCUUGCAUAGAAUUUUCGAAACCAUGCACAAAAGUGCAUAUCACUUUAGGGACCACUCAAAGAUAGUAGCAGAUAUAUUCAGCUUUACUUUCUCUGGAUUGAGUCUGAAUGAAAGGCUAAUGUCAAGAGCAGAUCUAACUUACAAGACUAAGAUGUUUGGAGAUAUUUACAACACAUCGAUUAUGACAAUACUCGAAGUAGCAUAUGCAAGUCUCAUUCCUACCAUCCAGCCUCAGAAUUGCAAGUUCUGCGUACCCAAGCAGAUCCAGUUUCAGCACCAAAAUUCCUCACAUCACUACAGUUUUGGAGCAAAUGUGCAAAAUAAGAAACUUGAAAAUAUCACUGAGAAAGUCCAUAUUUUCAUCAGAAUUAUUAAAAAUAUUAUGAAAGAUACAGACUUUAAACAGUAUGAGAUUGAUUCUGGUGGCGAAGGUCUUGGCAAACUGCAUUUUCUCAUAACUACUGGAACGUUCAAGGGUGCAAUGGAGAGCAAGUUAUUUUUACAGAAUUUCACAUCUGAUAUUCCACUAUCUGAACUUGGAGUCAACAGAGAAAAUAGGCAAUCAAAGAGAUUUGAUUGUCUGAUGUAUGUUAGCUCAGAAGGAAUUGACUCUUACAUUGAUGCAUUCGUGCUGAAUAGCAAAGGGAAGAAUGCUCAUUCAAUCAGUAAUAAUUAUUUCAGUAAGGAGUAUUGUCAGAGUAAGACUAAUCAGACACAUUUUACAUGCACCUGUGAUCGGUCAGGACUUAUUGCCGUGACUGAGAAUGAGGUAAAUGUAGUGGCUCUCAAGAUCUUUUUCUUCAUCAUAUUUAUCUUUGGAAUCCUCACUAUCUACAUGUGAGGUUUAAUAUGCAUCUCAGUCCAAACAAAGCAGACAAAAUUGAAGAAACUUCAGCCGAUGAUUGUGCAUAAGAUGAAUACCAGUAUAGGAGUAUUUGCUGUUUUGGUCAAGAGCCUUCAUCCCUUGAGUUUUUGGAUGCAGAAUACUGUAAUUUCAGCUAAGAAAUCACUGAGUUUAUUCGUUAUUGCACUGAUCAUUCCUUUCUUUGUAGGAACUCUGCUAGUUCAAUAUUUUAAAGAGAAUCAUUCUAAAGACCCUGAAGGAGUUUUCAAAGAGUUCAGGUCAAAGAUGGGCUUUGUCCCUUACACGCUUAUAUACAGUUUAACUUUCUUAUUAGUGUUUGAAGUCUUGAAGAAUCUUCUGAUCAAAAUUCCUCGUGAAGACGGAACAGCAGAGCUCAAUGAAGACCCCUCUAAAAAUUUCUCAAUUGGUCAAAAACCUGAACUUAAGGAAGAAUCUAAAGUUUCACCUGCAGAUUUUGAGGGGAAAAAGGAAGUCAGAUUUGAGGAGGAUUUUGAUGAUGAAAUGGCUCAAAAUGCAGAUCGUGUGAUGACUAAUCCAGGGUCAACUCAUAGAGAUGAUAUCUCUACUGGAAGACAGUUUCAAAAUGUUCUUGGGCUCAACAACAAAGGAACUAGAAAUAAGGAAAUAAUUGAUGUAACUAAUCAACUCGAGAAAGAAGAUAACGAGCAAAGCCCUGAUCUUGCAAUAAUCCUUGAAGCAGAAUUCUUUGAGGAGAAAACACGAUAUACUAAGAUCCGAAUGGUGUUAGCCAUAUUAUUUAUCACUAUCUUAGUGCUAUUCACUCUCUACACUUGUACGCUUGGUAUACAAAAAGUCAACAUGAACGCGCUUUUUAGAUCAAUCGGGUAUUGAGUAUUAUCAAUUUGCUUUGUUCUGGCCAUAUCCUAUCCUCUAUACCUGAUCAUACUGAGUAUUCUGAUAGCAAACCAAUGAGACAGCUGCAGUUUCUGCUGCAAUCUUCUCAUAAGUAAAGAAAUAACUCUCAUUAUGAUUAAGAUCCUAAGAAUUCAGAAUUAUGUGAAAAAGCAGAGAAAACUAGCUGAAAAUAAGAAAAUAGAUGAAUCCAAGCCCGUCGGUGACAUAUCAAGCAAGAACCCAGUCCUGUCUUCAAGGCUUUAUGCAGGAGGUCCACUUGAGAUUUCUGGAAAUAUGGAAGACAUGGCUGACAAUGUUGCCCAAUCCAACCGCGAGCAAUACCUGAGCAAUGAGGCUGCUCCAUCAGGAUUUGCUCGGAGGAAGAGGCACAGAAAUCCUCGCCAAACGAAUAAUUUGAUAAAACAACAACCAAGAUCUGAUGAAUAA